AUGCGCUCUCACAAGGAGAGACAGGGAGCAGAGAGAAGAGCAAUGCCCUGCGGAGGGAAUAUUACAUCAGAGAACGGCACCAUCUUCUCCCCCGGUUACCCUGACGACUACCCCAGCACUGCCGACUGCACCUGGCUCAUCACCGUUGCCGUGGGGAUGGGAGUGCGCCUCAACUUCACCGAGCUGAGGGUGCACGGUCCACAUGACUUCAUCACUGUCUGGGAUGGUCCUCAGGAGACGGCGCGUAAGCUGGGCGUGUUCACCGAGGGGGAGCCCAACGAGCCACCCAGCAGCACCUCCAAUCAGGUGCUCAUUCGUUUCCGUAGCAACACGGAAAAAGGUGGCAAGUUUAUGAUAAAUUACCAAGCGUACAGGCUGCAGUACUGCCUGCCUCCCCCAAUCAUCCCCAAUGCAGAGAUCCUGAUGGCCAGCAAAGAGUUCAAAAUAGGUGACAUAGUGCGCUACAGGUGUCUCCCUGGAUACCAGCUGGGUGGCAAUAGCAUCCUCACCUGUCGCCUUGGUAUCCACCUGGAGUUUGAGGGGCCGCCUCCAUCCUGCGAUGUGACUUGCCCCAUGAAUGAGGUGCUGACGGCCGCGACGGGGGUCAUCCUGAGCCAGUCUCCAGGAAACGGCUUCCCUCUGUUCGAGUCCUGCUCCUGGGUGGUGAAAGUGGAGCCAGGCUACAACAUCUCCUUCACCAUCGAGCACUUCCAGACCAGCAGGCAGUUCGACGAGCUCGAGAUCUUUGAUGGUCCGUCCAGGCAGAGUCCACUUCUGAUCACGCUGAGUGGAAACUACACGUCCCCUCUCAGCAUCACCAGUUCCUCCAACAAGGUGUACCUGCACUGGUCCUUCGACCACACCUCCAGACACAAAGGCUUCAGGAUACGUUACUCAGCAACAACAUCACCUCAUCAUCUGCUAAAAAAUGUGGUCUCUGUGGACCGCCCAGGCUCCAAAAACGGCAACAAAAACAACCUUCUUCGGCUUGGACCAUAAAAACAUAAUAAACUGUUCCAGCCAAU